CGGUGGCUGCCCUGUUUUGUGGGGGUGGUGCCGGGGGCUAGGGACAGCUGGAAGGCCGUACUAUGCCUCCAGCCCGCCGGCCGGCAGCUUCGGGUGUCGGGGCCCUCUCCGAAGGACGUGGGAGUUGCCCGUUGCUUGGAGCUGGUUAUUCCCCGAAGGCUUAAACAGCUGUCUUUCAUACAUAGUGCGUUCUUUAAUAAAGAGUGUGCUCCUCUUCCUUCUUUCCAUGCGCUGGAUGGAAGCAAGGCAAAAUACACUUGCAGAGCUGAACCUCUUCCACUGCAGUUUUAGAGGUAAUUGGUUUUGAUACUGGCAGCCUUCCAGCUGUUUUGGUACCACCUCAGUGAUCUGAAAACAUCCUUUGCCAGCACAUCAGCUUUGGGUUGCCUUCAUCUAUUGAAUUCCAGGUUGCGGCUAUCCUCUGUGAAACCACAGAAGGCUUUAUUUGAGGCACCUAGUUCUUCUUUUCUUCAGAUGGUGUUAUCAGUAUGUGUUCUAAGAAGAUGUUCAGCUGCAGAACAACCUGGCUCAUGCAAGACCCAGUUUUGAAGCAGGUGGUAGUACCCAGGCUGUCUGCUUAAACUGCUUUCUUCCAUUGAUUUCAAACGCACAAACCAGGUUUCCUCUGGUAUUUGGGGGAGAGAUGGCUGACUACGGAGAGACAGCAGCCUGUGAUGAAGAGAAGAGGAGAAACAAGAGCAUGUUCAUUUUCUCCUAAAGUAAAGUAAUUGAUUGUGUGUUAAAGGCACCUUUAUGUUCUGCCACACAGAGAUGGUCAGCAGUCAGCCUCUCCCCAUAGCAGACAGUGGGAAAAGGAAAAAGAAAAAAAGAACCAGAGCCACAGAUCACGUCCCUGGCAAGUUUGAAGACUUGUACAAGCUGACUGCUGAGCUGCUUGGUGAGGGAGCAUAUGCCAAAGUUCAGGGUGCCGUCAGCCUCCAAACUGGGAAAGAAUAUGCAGUAAAAAUCAUUGAAAAAAAUGCUGGGCAUAGUCGGAGUCGGGUUUUUCGUGAAAUAGAAACGCUGUACCAGUGUCAGGGUAACAAGAACAUUUUGGAGUUAAUAGAAUUUUUUGAAGAUGACACAAGAUACUACCUUGUCUUUGAGAAGCUGCGAGGAGGUUCAAUCCUAGCCCAUAUACAAAAGCGGAAGCACUUCAACGAACGAGAAGCUAGCAAAGUGGUGAGAGAUAUUGCCUCUGCUCUGGACUUUCUUCAUACAAAAGCCAGGUUUUACAGAUGCUCAGCAGAUCUACAUUUGCUGUGUAUUGCUCACAGGGACCUGAAGCCUGAAAACAUCCUGUGCGAAUCUCCAGACAAGGUAUCACCAGUAAAAAUAUGUGACUUUGAUCUCGGUAGUGGGGUGAAGCUGAACAGUGCAUGUACUCCAAUAACUACUCCCGAAUUAACAACACCGUGUGGUUCUGCAGAAUACAUGGCACCUGAAGUGGUUGAAGUCUUCACAGAGGAGGCCACGUUUUAUGAUAAGCGGUGUGAUCUUUGGAGCCUGGGAGUGAUUCUGUACAUCAUGCUCAGUGGUUACCCCCCUUUUGUGGGCAACUGUGGCACGGACUGUGGCUGGGACAGAGGAGAAGUCUGCAGAGUUUGCCAGAACAAACUUUUUGAGAGCAUUCAGGAAGGCAAGUAUGAAUUUCCUGACAAGGACUGGUCGCAUAUAUCCUCUGAGGCCAAAGAUCUCAUCUCAAAGUUGCUGGUUCGUGAUGCCAAAGAACGACUUAGUGCUGCUCAAGUUUUGCAACAUUCGUGGGUUCAAGGACAGGCUCCUGAAAGAGGAUUACCUACCCCUCAAGUUCUUCAAAGGAACAGUAGCACAAAAGACCUGACGCUUUUUGCUGCUGAGGCUAUAGCCCUUAACCGCCAGUUGUCUCAGCACGAGAAUGAACUCAGCGCAGAGCAGGAGAACGUUGCCCAUGCUGUUUGCUCCAUGAAGCUUUCUCCUCCGUCCAAGUCCCGCCUUGCCAAGCGCAGAGCGAUGACGCAUGCCACCAAAAACAGUGACUUUCAGCCAGUUCCUCAUAAAGCCUUUUAAACUUCUUUCCUGCUAUGGAUUGGCAAGAUCAGCCUGUGUUCUUAUUUGGAUUUUCAGCGCUGAUAAAAGCUUCUCUGCUUCUGACUCUUUGAUUAGAAGCUUGCCCUUGUGAUGCGACUUGUAACUUUAAGGGGACAGCUUUUUAUGGGAAUGUUUUUUGCCUGUCAGAUUUUGUGCAUUAAGAUAAUUUAACUGAUCUUUUUAAACUAGAGAAGAUGGGUUUGCUGCUGUAUUAUCUGAGGUGAUAAAUCACUAAGCUUUCCUUAUUUUCUUCUUGCUUUAAAAUGUGAACUUGCAAACAUCAGGGAAAAAAAACCCACUUUCUUGCUUUGCCUGGCAGAGCAUCAGCUCUCUCCCUACCUAUGGCUGCUCUCCUUGAUCUGGCAAGGUGAUGCUGCUAGUGUCAGUGGCGGGGACUGUGUUCAGCCAGCAAUGCCCUUUUCUCUUUCUGUGGACUCAGGAAACGAAGACGAUGUCUGGGUGGAUCUCUGUCUCCAUUGCCUUCGUUGGGCCUAAAUUGUAUGAGGAUGAUACUUUAGAGGUGCAAGAAUUGCUCAGGCUUGUGGAGAUGAAGAGGACUGAGUUGUUUUUUUUAUUCUGUUGAUAGUUUGUGUGUCAGCACGUGGGAUGAAAGCUGGGGGUGUGUUAUUUCGUUAUCUAACAUCUUUUUGUUCUUAACUAAAAUGUACUCCGUAUCUUUUUUUUUUUGGGUGUGUGUCCAGUGUGGCAGUUAAAAUUUUAAGUCUGAUAACAACAGUAUAACAGACUAUUUAGGUAACAGUUUAUCCUUAGUAUCUGUUUGGGUUUUUUUUGUUAUAUAUUAAUGCUUUCCUCAGUUAUACCUUCUUUUCUGCAAACUCAUAUUUCUCCAAGCCCUUUUGUAUGUGCUGCCUGGAGCUAUUAAUGUGAGUGGACAGGCUUCGGUGAAUUUUGAUGUGUGAAUAAUUUAGGAUUAUCAAAUGCAGAGGUACAUCUGUGCAAAAACGGUGCUGCAGCUGUUGCAUUCUGCCUCCUGCAGUGAUCUCAGGCUGAGUGUCUAGAUUUUUUGCUUCCAGUUUUAGUACUGUGGUGCACCAGGGGUCAGGAGUAAUUUGGAAGGGUGCUGGCUGAAAAGCUGAAGAUUCUGAGUGACCAAGGUUGAGGUGUCCGUGGAAAAGGACACGGAUGUCGAGCACUUUUCUCAGAAGUAAGCUGUGAAAAUUGGGCCGUGAAGAUGCCCGACCUGAUGCACCUUAAACUUGUCAGCCAUUUCUGAAACCCUUUGCCAGGGCAUUGUGUGCAGGGUGGGGAGGGGGAGGAGGAGGCCCCCAAGUGCCACCACAAAACCCUCCCAAGCAGAAGGAAUAACACAGCAGAUCCAGCAAGUGCUUGGGAAUUGAAAGGUCAAAGCUGAAUGUCUUUGCAUGGCCUAUUCAGAGCGGUUUUACAUGAUCUUUUAGCAGUGUGCAUACAGCUAUUUUUAUACAACGUGCUGUAUUUUGUGACUAAUAUUAAAGUUGUUAUUUAAAAGUUUUUAUACAUUGUGCCAGUGGACAGAUUAUGAAAUGUAUUUUGCUUUGUUUUUAUUAAAAUGUUUUAAGUUAUGGAUUUAACACA